AUGGAGGUUCUCUUCAACUCGUCCUUGUUCUGCAUCAACUCGUCCUUGCUGUUCAUCUCACACAGACCACUGAACUCCAGUGGUGGAGAUAAGACCGUGUACGAGCAGUGUAGCAGCAUGCCCGCCGUGCUCCACUUCUACCUGGCGCUGCAGGCUGUCAACAUGUUCCUGGGGAUCCCUGCCAAUUUCAUGGUGCUGUGGCUCCUGUACAAGAACAAGAGUGACCCUACCACCUCAAACAUUUUCAUCCUGCAACUGGCCCUCCUGGACACCUUCUUCUGCCUCAUCUUCCCUCUGGAGCUGGCCAACAUUGUCCACCUCAAUACCAGGAGUACUUGGUAUAUACUGCGGUUCUUCUAUGGGGUCAAGGACUCAUCGCCGCUCUUCCUUUCCUGCAUCUGCCUGGACCGCUACAUGGCUGUGAUCCACCCAAUAGUUUUCACAGAUCUCAAGGACCGCUGCCACCGGGCUGUAGUUGCCACUGUCAUGUGGCUUGUCACACUGGUCUAUGCUAGUGGCAAGUGCGUGGGAUACAUUGCAAACUUUGAGGUGUUCAUAGUCAUGAUUCUAGCGGCAUUUGCUUUCAUGGUAUUCUGUAAUAUUGCAAUACUGUUGGCCCUGUGGCAGUCCAGACCAGGCCAAGACAAGGCGCAUCCUGUCAAGAAGAGAGCCUUUAAAAUGGUGCUUAUCAUAUUGGCAAUCAUUGUUUUUAACUACUUCCCUCCUGUGGCACUGUUUCCCUUUAAGCAUUACUUCUCUGAUGAUGUCUUCCACUGCUACAUCCACUACAUUGCCUUUGGCUUCAUGGACAUUAGCAGCAGCAUCCAGCCGAUGCUCUACCUGUCUAAAGACAAGAUACAGAAACCUGUUGGCUGCUGUUACUGA